GCCUCUCUCCUCCUCUCGCCCCUUUUCCUCUCGACCCCUUUCCCUCCUCCAUCCCUCCGCGGCGUCUGCGUCAGGCCCUCACUCCGGUGACGCGCGCGGUCUGGGUGGGAGCUGUCCACUCGCCCGGGGUGCUGAAUGCAGCAGCGGCGGCGGCGAUAGCUGAGAGCCUUCUCUGCUCCAAGAACCUUGUUUCCAGUCCGCGGACGGUCAGCUCGCCGCCCCGCUACCUCCCUCUCAGCGCCACCCCUUUGGGAACUGAGCCAGGGGGGCAGCAGCCACGGCGGCGGGUGCUGAGCAACGGCGGAAGACGAGACAACACCUGGCAGCAGCCUGGAAUCUGAUUUGCUUCCUCUCGCCUUUUAUAAGAGAUAUAUUUAUAUACGGUUUGGGGAGUCGCGAGGACCAAGCCGGAGCCAAGUGUUGGCUGCCUCCCACCUCGGCCACACUGCUUCUUUUCCCCCUCCCCACCUUCAGCUGGCAGAGCAAACAAGCCUUACCUCGUUGUAUCUGCGAGGAGAGGUAGCAACAGCGAGCCCAGCCAGCCAGAGGCAGCGGAGAGGAGGGAGGGGCGGGGAGGUGGGGGCGCAGCCAGCCGGCCGAGGCUGCCCUUGGUGGGGGUAGCCGGGGCAGAGCUGCCGUGAAGACCUGGCAGCCGCCCUCCUCCGCCCCCACCCCUCCAGAAGCACUCUUUCCUGAUUAUUUGAGAACUGAAUUAUUAUUCUACUAGUAUUAUUUCAUUUUUUCUCAUCUCACUCCCCAGCCGCCCCCACCUCUACGCCUGCCUGGCCUCUGGUUGCAUGGCAGCGCUGCCCGGGCGCGGGGGCUCAGGGCUGGCCCCCCGGGAAGGAGGAGGAGGAGGAGGAGGAUCAUGAAGCCGGGAGUCGCGGCCGCGCCGGACGGCGAGCAGCAGCCAGAGGACGAGCCGGAGCAGCCCCCGCCCCGGAGACACCGGGACGCCGAAGAGCAGUCGCCGCCGCCGCCGCCACAGCAGUGUCCGCGGCCGCGGGCAGAUCCGGAGCAAGAGGAGGAGGGCGACAACGGCCCAGAGGCGGAACAGGAGGAGAAGGCGAGGCCACUCACCCCGGACCUGCAGUUGUCCUGGACCUUGCCCCUCGCCCGACGGAACCAUUGAUGGAGCCAAGAGGAAGGGGCCACGGAUUUACAGACAGCCGCAUGGGUGGGCUGGGGGCUGAGAUCAUGUAACUACUCCUUCCUCCUGUCCCCCCCACACGCCCCUCCUCUCUGCUCCCCUGCCGCCCGCCCCCCCGUACACACACCCUUCCUCUCGCCAGGAUCUUAAUGCUCAGGAAGAAGGCGGCUCAGCAAGGGUUAAACCAUCUUUUCUUUUUUCCCCUCUUCCUUUCCCCCUCCCCAGUCCCUUAUUUUCCCACCUCUAGUCUCCUAAUUGGCUUUCCCCUCUUCUGUGCAGCCCUUUGGCUGCAGAGGCAAAGCACAAGCCCCUUGCCCAGUUUCACCUGAAUCCCUUCCCUGCGCCCAACUGCUUUCUUCAAAGCAACUCUGGUGCUUCUGGGGGUUGAUUGCCCCGGUCUUCUGCCCAGGAGAAUUAAAACUUAUCCCAACCUCCUGUCUUCCCCCACUUAGCACCCCGGAUCUGCUACCUGAGAAAAACUAUCUUUUCUCUCUUGAACAUACAGUCCUCGAUUCUUUCCUGAGCUAGUUUGCUCUAAGCCUGGCUCAGUCCACUCCAAAUUUGACAUAUAACCUUCUCCACCCUUUUGUAUAAAAGAGACAGAUUUUCCACUGCCUAGGAAUUUGAGAAGAACCCAAUCAUCCUCUUCCGGGGAACUUUCUAACACUUAUAUCUUGAUCCCAAGGCCCUAACAGCCCAUCCUCAACAUUUUUUUCUAUCUCCCUACCCCUACUGGUGCCCCCAGGUCAAAGGCAGAAAAGAGACACCCUGAGCAAAGCCUGAGGUCUGGGUAGGAGGAGGUCAGGAAAAACUUUUGUUGUUGUUGUUGUUGGACUUUCCAGGUAGAAUUCAGAAUCAGUGACUCACAGUUCUCAGUCCUGGGGGCAAUUUACUUGCUACUUGGAGGGGGUGUAAGAGGGGCCAGUGAGAAAGCAGACUCCCCUCAUAACACAGACACGCUGUGGACUCCCCAAAACCAUCCUAUCCUCUUCGACAAAGACUCCACCUGCCCCUCCUGGGCUCUCUGCUUCCACUGGGCACAUGCUGAUGCCCCUGAGUGGGCUGCUCUGGUGGUGGUGGUGCUGCUGCUGCUGUGCCUGGUACCCCUGUGGAUUGUGCGCCCCGGCUCCCCAGAUGUUGCGCCACCAGGGUCUCCUCAAGUGCCGCUGCCGCAUGCUCUUCAAUGACCUGAAGGUUUUCCUACUGCGGCGCCCCCCUCCAGCGCCCCUGCCCAUGCACGGCGACCCCCAGCCCCCCGGUUUGGCGGCCAACAACAACACCCUUCCGGCUCUGGGUGCCGGGGGGUGGGCAGGCUGGAGGGGCCCUCGAGAAGGGGUGGGCAGGGAGACCCCUCCUCUGCCACCUCCUCCACCUUUGCCACCCUCUGUGGAAGAUGACUGGGGUGGAACAGCCACAGAGCCACCUGCCUCACUGUUCAGCAGUGCCUCCUCAGAUGACUUCUGUAAGGGGAAGGCUGAAGAUCGCUACUCACUGGGCAGCAGCCUGGACAGUGGCAUGAGGACCCCGCUCUGCCGCAUCUGUUUCCAGGGGCCAGAACAGGGGGAGCUGCUGAGCCCGUGCCGCUGUGAUGGCUCAGUCAAAUGCACGCACCAGCCUUGCCUCAUCAAGUGGAUCAGCGAGCGGGGCUGCUGGAGCUGCGAGCUGUGCUACUACAAGUACCACGUCAUUGCCAUAAGCACAAAGAAUCCUCUGCAGUGGCAGGCCAUCUCUCUGACAGUCAUUGAGAAGGUUCAGAUUGCAGCUGCCAUCUUGGGUUCCCUCUUCCUCAUCGCUAGUAUCUCUUGGCUCAUCUGGUCGACCUUCAGUCCCUCGGCAAAAUGGCAGCGCCAAGACCUCCUCUUCCAGAUCUGCUACGGGAUGUAUGGAUUCAUGGACGUGGUGUGCAUAGGUCUCAUCAUCCAUGAGGGACCCUCCGUGUACCGCAUCUUUAAACGGUGGCAAGCUGUCAACCAGCAGUGGAAAGUGCUGAACUAUGACAAGACAAAAGACCUGGAGGAUCAAAAGUCAGGAGGCAGGACAAACCCCCGGACCUCCUCAUCCACCCAGGCCAAUGCCCCUGCCUCAGAAGAGGAGGCCACGGGCACCCCUGCCCCUGAGGAAGGCCCUGCCCGGGCAGCCAGCCACCCCUCAGGCCCUCUCUCCGAUCACCACUGUGCUUACACCAUCCUGCACAUCUUGAGUCACUUACGACCUCAUGAACAGCGGACCCCCCAGGGCGGCAGCCGAGAGCUCGUCAUGAGGGUCACGACAGUGUGACAGGACAGACCUGGAAGGGAGGCCGUGACCACGCAGGACAGAAAGGGGAGUCGGGGCCGGAAGGGGCCAGGGCCAGCGGGUCGCGGUCUGGGGAGCAGGUGUGGGAGGCAAGGUGGCAGCCCAGGGGUCAGAGCAGAGGGCAGGCGGAGAGUGGGGGACUUGAGGGGCCUGGGGACAGGGUCGGAGCUGGAGUUAGUGAGGCCGGUGCCACGAGCGGUUUCGUGAUUUCCAGUCAGUCAAUACCAUUCUCCAACGAGAGUGAGGAAAACCGACACAAACUCAACAACGAAGUGCAAUACAAACUAACCAAACACAACGACAGGACACCCAGCACUACCCGGUACCUGUGCGCUAAACACCUGUGAACAGUGGAGGCUGGGAGGGUGGAGCCGGGAGUCUGGUGUGCGCCCAGGUGUGCGCCCAGGUGUGCACCUGCGGAGGGAGAACCAACUCAGAGGGAAAGCGCCGUCGCCUGCUCUGGUCUAACCCUGAGUUUGCGUCUGCUUCUCCCUGGGCCAUGAGCUGCGGGCCCAGGCAGGCGGGUGAGGGCGGGGGUGGGCCCGUGGGACGGCACACAGCUUUUGCGGCCCCUGGGCUCACCUGGAUGGGCAGGAUUCCUGACUCGAUGGCUUUAGGGAACCCCAGGGCAGACGGUGCGGGAGGGAGAUGCUGGUGCGGGCGGCAGAGGGAGGGGGAUUUCUCCUCGCUUGCAAACCUUCCAAACUGAAACUCCCAAUUUCAGGCGGGUUCAAAGAGGGCUUCGGUUUGGAGAUGGGUGUCUUUUUGUGCCCUUGUUACUUUAUUUUAUGGUGAUUUGGCUCAAAGAUGUUUACAGGAAACACACACACACACACAACUAGAGAAAAGUGCAGGUUUUCCGUGGGGGUCUGGAGCACCGUCCCGCGGCUGAGGCUUCAGCCUGCAGAGCUGUCAAUCAAGGAGCCACUCCCCCAACUACCCAGCCCCACCCCCGGCCAGGACGCGCUGGUUGCCAGGCUCCCUCCUGCCCUGGCACACGCUGAGAUCCAGGGCCCCCACCGCAGAGCGCCUCCGGCCCAGGGUCUCCCAGGAGGAAGUUGGGGGGCUGUGCCCCAAGGAGGGAGCGGAGACCAGUCUCAGUAUUCCUUGCUGCUCGGACCUCUCCCUUGAGGGCGCUUUGGCUGAUCCCUCAGUGCUACGAGCUCCCUGGUCCCUCUGCAGCUAGAUGGACCCGGGGACCCUGGCUGGGAGCACUGUCUCCUGAGCCCACCUGCUGGUUCUGGGGACCCUGCCAGGGAAGGCCACUGGGUGGUCACCUGCAGAGUUUCUUGUCAUUGCACAACGGCCACGUCAUCUGUGGGUGUUAAAGGGACACUGUCAAGUACUUUUUUAAACUAGUUUUUAGGGUUUUUUAAAACUCUCUGUUGUUUGUAUUAUUCUCUUAAAAGCUUGAAAAUAAAAUUUCUUUCCCUACCAUGAGUGUCCUUUUCCGUAUUUGAGUUUUUCCUCCCUCUGUCCCGUUCUCCCUCUCCCUUGUGUCCACUCACCCCUGGAGUCUGCUCCCUAGCGGAAAUCAUCUCUCCUUUGAGGGUACAGAUGGGGCGGGGCAGGCAUGUGUUCGUGUGCAUGUGCGUGUGUGUGUGUGUGAACCUGCAGCGAAACACUAGGACUCCUGGCCUCUUCUUGGCUUCCCAGCAGAUGGAUUCCUUCAAGUCACAAAGAGGAACGACUCCCAAACUCUCUGCAGGUGUCUGCCCAGGAAUCUAGAAGCAGAGACCUUUAGUGCUGGGAGGAAAUUUGGGGAGCUCCACUCCAUCAGGUCAUUUCAGAGAAGCUGAGAGAACCACAGAGUGGGGCAUAUUAGACCUAAUUCUCCUGACGGCUUUCCUUUAAUAUCAGAAAACAGCUCCCGGGGCAGGGCCCUGAGAGAGGCUUGGACAUGUCACUAGGCA